AUAACAAGUCUCUACAUUUACACUAGGGGAAGGCAUUGUCUAACAUAUCAGACUGGACACAAUCUCCGUGAUCUGUAGUUUGUCCAUGCGACUUCAUGGCAUAGUUGGAGCUUUACAUCCCACUCUGCGUUUAGCAGAGAUUUCGUAUGGACGUAGAAAGGGUUCUGCAGUUUCUAUUCCAAUGAUGAAUGUCAUAACCAUCAAUGUUGGAGGAACGUUGUUCCAAACAUCGUUGGCAACUCUAAACCAGGUCCCAGACACGUUACUGUCUAAUGAAAGUCUCCUCUCUCAGAACUUCCAGCCCGAUAAGCAAAUCUACUUCUUCGACAGAGAUCCCCAGAUGUUUCAUUACAUCCUCAACUACUACAGAACGGGAGAGCUUCAUCUUCCUCCAGGAGCUUGCAGCUCGUCCAUCAAGAAGGAGCUUCAUUUCUGGUGCAUCCCUGAGACACAUGUGUCCGAGUGCUGCUGGAAGGUGCUUUACAAGGUCCAGAACGACAUGGCGGUCCUCGCCAAGCUUAAUCAAGUGUUUCAUGAUGAAGUGUCUGACUUCUGUAUGUCCAAGAAAAUGGCGGGUCAGUCAAGAGUCCGACAUGCUGUCUGGAUGUUCCUGGAGUAUCCGGGAUCAUCUUUGCCAGCCAAACUGUGGGAAAAGUUCUUCUUCACGCUGAUAUGCACCUCGACCCUGGUGUUCAUGUUUGAAACCGUGAAAAGCUUCAGAGAAGUAGAUCCCGACAUAAAGACCAAAUGCAACAUCACUAAGAUUUUAAACGGAACAGUACUUUUUCGGGGAUGGAAAAAUGAGCUGGCUUUUUUCACCACUAGACCGUUCCUUUUUUUGUCUCACAUCGAUCUAGUUUUGGCGGUGAUAUUUACAAUCGAAUUUGCAGUCCGAUUCAUCACAUGUCCGCGAAAGUGCAACUUUCUUAGGAGUUUACUCAAUAUGAUUGACCUCCUGUUUUUGUUAUGCAAAUGGCCCUCUUAUUACAUGGAAGGAUAUGCGUGUGUGCUAAACAGCACCAAUAUGUUGAUGUAUAUCGUUCUGAAGGGACUAACCUUUUCGAGAAUAUUCCGACUAUUCCGUAUCGGAAGGUCAUGUCAAGGGUUCAAGGUCAUGUUAGUGGCGCUCAAGUCCAGCUCGGGUGAACUCUGUCUUAUGGUUGGGAGUUUCAUCUGUGUGACUCUUAUGUUCGCUGUUUUGGCGUUUCUUAGUGAACUGCGUGAGGCUACCUUCUCAAAUGUUCUGUCGGCGUGGUGGUGGGCGGUGGUUACGAUGACGACGGUAGGCUAUGGCGAUAUCUACCCGGUCAGUGCUACUGGUCAAGUGAUAGCGUCGAUGUGUGCUGUGACAGGGAUGGUUAUUCUCACCCUACCUAUUGCUAUUAUUGGUACAAAUUUCGCGGAGUACUAUAGUGUCAACCGAGAAAGGGAGUUAUAUGGAGGAAAGCAAACUAAGUGUGAAAUGAUGAUGGCAAAUGAGAAGAAAGGAGCUCUUUUAACAAGGAAUAAAAUACAUCACACUAAAGUGACCAAGUUUUGAAGAAACAAAUCAGUGUCAAGGAACAUUUUCUCGUAAUGGUGUUGUUCAGGAUAUACACCCAAAGCUAACUGUUGGACGUUUGGAGGUUUGAAUUCGGGUUGCCAGGUCGGUGGAUAGCCUAGUUGUUGAAGUGUUCGCUCGUCUCACAACGGCCCGGUUCGAGUUUGACAUGGGUACAAACAAUAUCCACUCACUCAUUCAAGGAGUUGGGCGGUGGGGUAGC